AUGGGUGGAGCUGCAUCGAUUGAGAACACGCCGUACGAUGAGGCCAAGUUCCUCCAGUCGAAGGCUAUCAUGGAGUCGACCGCGGACGAUGCCGAGAAGUUUUCCAAGCUCAAGUCCAUCUGGACUGACGGUCCCCCAGUUGAUUCCUCAGAUGCCCGCCACAAGAGCGCGAAAGAGAUACCACCUGCUGAUGUUGGUGCUCAUGAAAGCCACAAGGAAGAGCCUCAAAAGGACGAAGCUCACAAGGGGGCAUCUCACAAGGACGAGCACCAUGAAAACGGUGAACACCACUGUCACAAGGAAGAACAUCAUCACAAAGAUGGCGAGCACCAUGCUCACAAAGAGGGAGAGCACCACGCCCAUAAAGAAGGAGAUCACCACGCCCAUAAAGAAGGAGACCACCACGCCCACAAAGAUGGAGACCACCACGUUCAUAGCGAUGGAGAUCACCAUGCUCACAAAAACGAAGAGCACCACCAGAAGCAUGUUGAGCACCACGAGCACAAGGGAGACGAAGAACACAAGGAAAGCGACCACACCCACAAGGUGGAGUCUCAUCCUGCAAAGGAGGAUGGUCUUGCGGAGGCACCUAAGGACUCCUCCAAGGCCCCUUCAGGUUCAGCAUCUACGGGCCAGCUUCCCUCUGCUCCCUCUGAGCACGUCAGCGAGAAAGUAUCAAAGGAGGUGUAG